GGUGUGCAUGUCGUCCACUGGGUGACAGAGGCUGCCGGAGGAGGGAACUCGAACAGUUUGUUGACAUCAACAUUUCUGUGAAGGAGAGAACAAGGCGAUAAGAUGCCGUCGAGACGCACGAAAAACACGGGACUGAGCAGCAGCGCCCAGGAGCAGCUGAGCAAGGAGCUGCGACAGAGCAGGCUGGCGCUUUUCAUUCAGCAGUUUGAAAAAGAAGCGCAAGAACACAUGAACGAGAUGGAGCGCAAAAUGGACAACAUGUUGGCCACGGUCGAGAGAGUCUUCAAAGUGGAGUUGAUGAAGAUGCCGCCUUCUCUUCUAAACGCACGUAUUGGCGAUUUAAUCACAGAGGAUGAACUCUCCUCAGUUGCCCUAAAGGAUGAAUCACUCGAGAUGCACCAGCCCCUUAAGCGGGCACCAAGUAAAAAAGUGAAACUGAGUGAGCCAUCCAAAAUGUCUAAGGGAGGAAGAGGCGGCAAAAGGACCAGAACGUUACCCAGUAGUAACAGCACUGGAAGUCUCAGAUCCUCCUCAACCACGGUCAAAAGAACUGUGUCCCGUUUGGCCAAGACCAGUGACCAGACUGUACUGACUAAACCAAAACUGAGGUCUGUCUCCUCUGCUGGCGAUGUGUCCUGUUUGAUGGCGGGGUGUGCCCCACACAUCACUAUAACCACUUCACAGGGACAGACGGUCUGCUUUUCUGAAGAGACCAAGGACACGAUCAACCUGGACCUGCUGGAUGACGUGGCAUGGUGCCAGAUUCAGAACCUCACGAGGCUGAUUAACUAUCUCUCACACAAAGCCAAAGGCCCCACUGAUGUGUAAAGAUACUGCAUCAUCUCCAAUGACAAGAAUAUAUCGCAUCUCCUUCCCAACUUGAGUUGGCAGUUUUUGUUUUUUUUUGUUUGUUUUUUUGGACAUUUGCAAAAUAAUGUAUAGAAGUUGGAUUCAGUAGCAGAAAUGAGCUAUCGCUGUCUGUCCACACUGUUUUAAUGUUUCAAAACAAAAUAAUAAAGGUUAUUUAUAUAAUUCUUUGAA